AUGAAUCGAAAUUUUAUUUUUGCAUUUAUUUUAUUAGUUACCAUUUCUAUAGUCAAUGCUUCACCACUUCAACUUUCUGGCAAAAAUGAAACCCAACCUGGAGAGCAAACGUUCGAGGUUUUCAUAACAUUGAAGAAUUAUGAUAUCAUAGAAGGAACCUCUUUUGAUAUUAAUGUUGUCGAUCAAGAAAGACCGAGAAUGUUAGUGUCUUAUUCUUUAGAUCUUUGUUCACUAUCUGAAUAUCCAAUUAAAGCUGAAUCAAAAGCUGGAUCAACUUAUUUCUCAAUGCAGAAAAUUACUUUACCAAAAAUACUUUCUAAAUAUUUUAUUAGGGUAGAACACUUUUUGAAUGCACCUGAUGUUACUGUCCUAUUCUCUUGUGCAAUUGCCAUUAUUGGUUAA